CGUCAUUACACGAAACUCCGCCCCCGAGCAGAGUACUGAUGACGGGGAGGAAGGGGAGCCAGGACAAGGCGGGCAAGCCAAGAGGAGGAAGAGGCGUGCCGAAGAGCGGGAUGCGGGAUGGAAAUGGACCUCUGGCCGGCGGAUGCCGCUGCAAACAUUGGAUUCAAAGUCUCUGACCUAAAAAUAAACCCAGUCACAUGGUCAGACCACCACUCAAUAUGGUUCUCAGUGACAACCCCUUGAAAUAUAUCUUUACCCAUGGAAUUAACCAGGAAUCGUCCAAGGAGGAGUAUGACACCUCAGACUCCUGCAGCUAACUUGGACCUCUCUGCAGUAAUGGUGGCAUGUGAAGAUCCUUGUUUCCUAGUCCAUAAUUAUAACAGGGAUGUGACAGCUGCAAUGGAUACUAUUGCCCUGUGUGUAUACGACCCUGCAAACCACGCCGUCAAGCACCUUGGUUUGACAACAGUAUUCGUGAUCUUAAGAAAAGAGGUCGUAGACUUGAAAGAUGAUGGAUGAAGACAAAACAGAUUUACAUUGCUGGGGAUCUUGUCAUUCUAUCCUGACCCAUCCAGAGACUCAACAUGUUGGUGAAAGUAGCCGUGUUUGCGCUUGCUGUGUGCGCUGUCGCAGGAUCUCAGGCUGAGGUCAGCGUUGAUCAGGUGGUUGACACCUUCUGGAAUUACUUCAGCCAGCUGGCCAGCAGUGCUAAGGACACUAUGGAGCAGAUUCAGCAGGCUGACAUCAAUCAGCUAAAUGCUCUCAUUGAGGAAAACCUGAAGAACAUAAACCUUUAUAGAGGAGAACUGCAGGAACAGUUGGUUCCCUUUGCUCUGCAGAUUCUAAAUCAACUGACACAGGACUCAGACAAGCUGAGGGAACAGAUUAGGCAGGAGCUGGAGCAGCUGAGGGUCAAGCUGUCCCCAUACGCAGUUGAGGUGCACAAGCAGCUGAACAGGAAUGCAGAGGCGAUUUGUAUAGACGUGGCUCUGUAUACAGAGGAGAUUCACACCCAACUGGACAAAAACAUUCAAAUGAUCAUCAAGCAGCUAAAGUCUGUACCUAAGGCCUUGGAUGCCAACAUCCAAGAGAAUGCAGACCAAAUACAGGUGUCACUGGUCCCAUACUAUCAAGCACUGGGGGUCACAAUAGACAACAAUAUGGAGCAGCUGAGGAAGCAACUAAAACCCAUCAAUGAUAAAUUGAAAAAUAGCAUAGAUCAACAGUUACUAGAGCUUUAUAAAAGCCUGACCCUCUACGCUGCGGAUAUGCAGGAUGUGCUGCACAAACAGGUUAAGAACAUGGACAAUCAGAUAAGGAAAAAGGUAGACCAGAUGGAAAGCCAAAUCCUGGACUUCACAGCACAGCUAAAAGAGCUACUCUACCCCUAUGCAGACCAGCUAAGAGACCAGCUCAAUGGUGAUAAAAUAGACAUCAUAGAGACACUGAAGCCCUACCUGGUCAAGAUAGAGCAGCAGAUAGACCAGACUAUUGCAGAUUUUAGAGACACAAUUGUCCCCUAUGUAGAUGGCCUGAACAAGGCGCUUGUGGAGGAGGACAUGAAGCCAGAGCUGAGCCUGUAUACUGUCAGCAUGCAGGAACAGAUAGAUGUUUUGAUGGAGCAAGAUAUCCGAGACAAGAUCAAAGAUUUCAUUAAUAGGGGAAUUUCCAAUGAGAACUGAGUCUUUGUCACUGUGACCAAUGCCUGCUGAACAAGUCACUUAAUGUACCUUUUAGCAAAACAUAUAAAGGAUGCUUGUUAGUGUAUAAAACAAAAUGGCAUAACAAUAUUGUUGUGACUUAAGAUUAAAUAGGACCAAUUAGGGGAGUAAGUUCACUCCAGGGCCAGUAUUUACUAAAAAUCAGAGUUUGGCCGAUUUGUGGGGUUUUUUCUAAGUCCCAAUCCGGGAAUUCACUAAGCACAAAUCUCGGCAGUGUUUGGACUAUUCGUAAUGGUUUGAAUGACAACGUUCAGAAAUACGAAAGAAUAGACCAUCGGUCAAACGCGGCUGUUAUUUCAUAGAAUACGGGAAUUCACUAUUCAUUCGUAUUUGGGUGUUAGUCUCUGAGGGCUCAAGUGCGGGUCUAUUUUUUCCCUAAUCGUUAAAAAAAGCAGCAAAAAAAUAGACCUGCUUUUUCCAGUCGAGUUUGGAUAACCAUGCACGGAUCACUCACAUCUGUGCAUGGUUAUCUAUGGGAAAGGGUGUGUUUAGUGUAAAAAUAGAAAAAAAAAUUGCGUUG